AUGCGCAGUGAAGUUGACGCGAGAACGCCAUAUUGCCGGUGGAAGAAGUGUCAGGAGUUAGGGAAAAUGUCGCGUUAUCGCCAUGUUGGAAGGCCAACUGGAACAUCUUUGUACAUUAAAAAUGUUCCUGACGGAACUAGGUAGGCAGUGUUGUAUUUUAAAUUAAAUUUUUGCAUAUAUAAUUCGUCAAGAUCGGGACGAACGCGAAACUAGGAAGAAUGAAGUUGUGACGUUUAUUAAAUAAUUUAAAAAUAAAAACAGGACAGAAGAACUGAGAAGCAUGUUCAGUAAAUACGGUCCCGUUUCCGAUGUCUACGUACCUCUUGAUUAUUACACACGAUAUCCCCGUGGCUUUGCUUAUGUACAAUAUCCUUUCAAAUUAGCAAAAAAAACGCUUCAAUUCGUUUGUUAUAACAUUCUUUUUUUGUAUGUAUUUGUCAGACUGAAAGCGCUGCACUGCGUCAAAGUCCGCAAAAGGACUGAAAUGUUAAAGGAGCGCAUAAAGAUUACGCAAGCCUUAAAGUCAAAAGCAAGCAUCUGUAAAGAUCAAAGAUACAUAUAAAGAUUUGAAAGUCAAGCUCAUCUCUUAAAGACACAGCAAUGAUGAUAGCCCACACUUAAGAUUGUCAAAAUGUAUCCGCCUCUCUGCUUGCUUUUUGUAGAGAUAAUAGUUAAAAAAAACCGAAAGGCUUUGUGUAAUGAAAUGUACUCUAUUAGUUAGUUUAAGAUGUAGAGAAUUACAGCAAGUAAAAUAAUCCUUAACCAAGUGAAAGUUUGAGCAUGAACGAGACGCAGAUGAAGCCUUGUUUAACCUGGAUAGAACAAGAUAUUAUGGUCGUGAGCUGCAUAUAGAAUUUGCUAAAGGAGAUCGUAAAAGUUAGUAUAUUAGAUUAGUUGCAUAUGUUUGAUGCAAAAGCCGUCGAUAUAUAUGUUCAGCACCAGGACAAAUGCGUCGCCAAGAGGACAGGACCAGAAGAUAUCGUUCGAGGUCUCGUGAUCGUUAUAGGUCAAGAUCCAAGGAGCGUCGCAGGUCGAGGAGGUCAAGAUCCAGAUCGCGAGGACGGAAGAAGUCGUACAGUCGGUCUAGAAGUAGAAGUAGAUCUAGAAAACACAGAUGGUCAGAAGAUUGAUCGAGAUAGAGAACGGGAUCGAGAAAAGGAAAAGGACCGAAGCAGAGAAAAAGAUAGAGACAGGGGAAGAGAUAGAGAAAGAGAUGAGAGGUCUAGAUCUCGAGCUCGUUCUUCUUCUAUUGACAAAAAAUCCGAUGAGAUAGAAAAUACUUACGAUUGA